AUAUCUAUUAAACGAUUUCCCCCAAGAAAAGGCUGGCCCAUCAAAGUGGUACAAAAGUAGUGUGUGCGAUAUGAUGUGUAUUUAUUUCUUAUACCGAUACACUGAUAGGAAGUAUGUAUACAUAUGCUAAUUUCAUGAUACAGGUAUUUACUUUAAAAAUGCACACAAAAAACAUGCUCGACCAGGCGUUUCAGGAGACCGAUUUAUUCAGGUGAAACUUAAAAAAACCGACAACUUCAGAGAGAGGAACCAUAACUUUGUCGAUAUUUAGUGAUCAACAAAAGGAGUAAUAUUGAAUUUCGAGCUCUGAUGUAGACUUUCCGAAUGAUUAAACGAAAACUGACCAACAUUCUAAAACAUACACACAGCAAUGGAGUCAGCCUAUCGGAUAUGCAAUGGAGUUCCCAGAGUUAUACCUUGAAGGAAAUUGUGGAUAACUUUAAACUUCCUCUUGUGGUAAAAUGUAGCGACAAAACGAACGAAGUAGAACUUGGAGAAUUUAAGUUUGAUUUGGCUGAACCCUUGCUGCUUCAUUCCAGGAAGUGGGCCCGGAAAAUCCGAGUGAGCUGUCUCCAGAGAGACGCCUUGUCCGGACAGAUCACGGAAAUCCGUCCUCACUACGUCAUCCCAGAAGAUUAUGAGGGCUGGUUUCAAGAAAUAAAUAGCCCAACUGAAAAGGCGACACCCGAUACCACUUUAGAGACAUUGAUAGAAAGCUCAGCCGACCAGUUUCUAACGGCAAAGAGUUUGAGUUGCUUGUCUUUAUUGUCAGAUGGUAGUGGAUCUAAAGUAAUCAGACGACAUGUAAAAAGUGGAGAAACUUUGACAGUAAGAGGGCUUUACGAGGGAGAAGGUAAACAAAAAGACCAAAUAAAGUCUAAAUAUCGUGAAAUUCGAAACGACGGCCAUACUCAAUCCAAUGACAAAUUUCUCGUCUGUGCAGAUGAGAAGGACGACAAUGUUUUGAUAGACAUUUCCCAGACAGGCUGUUUUUACAGGAUUUUUGAAAGUGAAGAGAAUGGAAGAGGACUGCUGGAAGCUAAAGAUUUAAUUGAUGAGGAAGAUAAGUAUCCUGUAUUGAUUCGGCACGUGUUCGGUGACUUGCCACUCUUGACGUCUGCUUAUUCUUGCGUUAUGAAAUGCGGGAAGGUUGUCCAAGAAGAGUCGGUUUUGGCGGCAACAUUAAACGCACCAUCAUCUACUCUCCUAGAACUUCAGUGCCACAGUCCCAUUCAGUUCAGAAUUUGUUUGAAUGAUGCCAUAUUGAAAACCUCGGAAAACUGUUCAGAAGCAUUGCAACUGUGCCAUAGUGAGGGUGACGAAUUUUUGUCUGGAAUCAAAGUGGCGUGUACCAUACCAAAACUGAGUGACUCGAUUUCGGAAGAAACUCCCUUGAAUGAAACCCUAAGAAACUGUCCAUCAGAGGCGGUUACCCUUACUUCUAACGAUUCAGACGAAUUGGUUUCGGCUCAAGAUUCGUUCAGCGAUUACGGUGAAGAGGACGCUAACUCCGAAUUUUCAUUCGCUUGGACUCCGGAACCCCUGAUUAAAAAUCGGAGCAAUUCCAAGGAGGACAAAAAUAAAACCAAAAAAGAUGAAAAGAAACCAACAGUUCCAAAGUAUUUCAACAGUAGCCUUAAUAGCCCGAUGUCCUCAAAGGAAAGCAGGCUCAACGCUUGGAAUGAACAGCCUGACGUUGUUUGAAACACUAAGGAUUCUUUGGCAAUUGCUAAAACAAUAACUUAUUACUAUACAUAUAUAUACUUUUCCUACUUAAAAUUAACAUGUUUACAUGUACAUAUUUUCUGCCUCAACUAUAAAAAAAAAAACCUUAAUUUAUAGAUGUGUGAAUGUUUAAUAUUUGAAUUUUCUUCUGUUAUAAAAUUAAGUAAAACGGAAGCG